CUUUUUUUGGUUUUUCUGUCCACAGGUGGAAAAACUACCGGCAAGUCAGUGCUCUGCUUUGGUUUCCCUUUGAGCAUUUUCUUCAUUGUCAUCAAUGAGUUCUGCGAGCGGUUCUCCUACUAUGGCAUGAAAGCUGUACUCACUUUGUAUUUCACCCGUUUCCUACUCUGGGGAGAUAACUUUGCCACUGCCAUCUACCACGCAUUUGUUGCUCUGUGUUACUUGACGCCGAUCCUUGGAGCAAUCAUUGCAGACUCUUGGCUGGGAAAGUUCAAGACCAUUCUCUACCUGUCCAUUGUCUAUGCGAUUGGGCAGGUAGUGCUGUCUGUGGGCUCCAUAAGUGACCUGACGGAUCAGAACCAGGAUGGCUCUCCUGAUCAUAUAGCAGUGAAUGUUGCUCUGUCCAUGAUUGGCUUAAUCCUUAUUGCCCUCGGUACUGGUGGGAUCAAACCUUGUGUGUCAGCAUUUGGUGGAGAUCAAUUUGAAGAU